AAAAAAGAAAAGAAGAAGGCAAAUAUAGAGAUACCAGAAAGUGGAGCUCGCUGUUCACUUCUUUCUUGCUUUCACCAAAGACAAUUUUUUACAGUUUCAUGUGUGUAAAGUGUGUGAGAGAGAAAGAGAGAGAAUCAAAUUCCUUGUACAAAGACACCACCUUUUCUGGGGUUUUUAGUACUGUAGUGAUGAUGAUUGUAGCAAAAAUGUAUCAUAUGUGCAUUUAGACAAGCUAAAAAAGAAAGAAAAAAGCCUAUUCUUGAUGCCAUUGUUUUUGCUUUGAGAAAGAGAAUCUAAUCUUAAGAUAUUCAUAGUGGGAAUCUUUGGGUUUUCUAAAAACCAUUCUUUGGUUUUCUUGAAAGGAACAAAAAAAGAAAAAGAAAAAAAAAAUAGCAAAUAAUGGUUUCAAGGUCAUAUUCCAACUUGCUAGAUCUUACUUCUGGUGAUUCACCAACAUUUGGUAGAAGUGGUAGGAAGCUUUCCAGGGUUGCAACUGUAGCUGGGGUUUUAUCUGAGCUUGAUGAUGAAAAUAGAAGUAAUGCCUCCGAUGCUCCUUCAUCGAUUUCUCAAGAGCGGAUGAUAAUCGUGGGGAAUCAACUCCCUCUUCGAGCAUAUAGGAGAACAGAUGGUGAGGAAGGCUGGAACUUCAGUUGGGAUGAAGAUUCCCUUCUUUUACAGCUCAAAGAUGGUCUUGGAGAAGAUGUGGAAGUGAUUUACAUCGGCUGUCUCAAAGAAGAAAUUGACCCAAGUGAACAAGAUGAUGUUGCACANGAUGUUGCACUAACUUUGCUUGAAACUUUCAAAUGUGUCCCAGCUUUCAUACCACCUGAGUUGUUCAGUAAAUUCUAUCAUGGUUUCUGCAAACAGCACUUGUGGCCUUUGUUUCACUACAUGCUUCCUCUGUCUCCGGAUCUUGGUGGUCGAUUUGAUCGUUCCCUGUGGCAAGCUUAUGUCUCAGUGAACAAAAUCUUUGCGGACAAAGUAAUGGAAGUGAUUAGUCCUGAUGAUGAUUUCGUUUGGGUUCAUGAUUACCAUUUAAUGGUGCUACCAACAUUCUUGAGGAAGAGGUUUAACAGAGUGAAGCUCGGAUUCUUCCUCCAUAGCCCAUUUCCAUCUUCUGAGAUAUACCGAACUCUGCCCGUAAGGGAUGAAAUUGUACGAGCACUCUUGAACUCUGACUUGAUAGGCUUUCAUACCUUUGAUUAUGCAAGACAUUUCCUUUCUUGUUGUAGUAGAAUGCUUGGGAUUUCAUAUCAAUCUAAACGAGGUUAUAUAGGACUAGAGUACUAUGGCCGCACUGUUAGCAUUAAGAUUUUACCAGUUGGAAUACAUAUGGGUCAACUUCGAUCUGUGCUGGACCUGCAUGAGACAGAGACCAGGGUUGCAGAGCUACGAGAUAAAUUCCAGGGUCAGACAGUUUUACUUGGAGUUGAUGACAUGGAUAUAUUCAAAGGAAUAAGCUUGAAGCUUUUGGCGUUUGAGCAACUGCUCUCUCAACAUCCUGACAAGAGAGGUAAAAUGGUUUUGGUUCAAAUUGCAAAUCCUGCCAGAGGCCGAGGGAAAGAUGUGCAGGAAGUCCGGGCUGAAACUUAUGCAACUGUAAAGAGAAUCAAUCAGAAUUUUGGAAGGACUGGCUAUGAACCAGUUAUCGUGGUUGAUACACCUCUUCAGUUCUAUGAACGCAUUGCUUACUAUGUUAUUGCUGAGUGCUGUCUCGUUACUGCAGUAAGGGAUGGAAUGAACCUAAUACCUUAUGAAUAUGUUAUAUGCCGGCAAGGAACAGGGAAGCUUGAUGCUACCUUGGGCUUGAAUCCAACAGCACCAAAGAAGAGCAUGUUGGUAGUUUCUGAGUUUAUUGGUUGCUCUCCAUCUCUUAGUGGUGCGAUAAGGGUCAACCCGUGGAAUAUUGAUGCUGUUGCUGAGGCUAUGGAUUCUGCUUUAGUUGUCUCCGAGGAAGAGAUGCAGAUGCGUCAUGAGAAGCACUACAGGUAUGUGUGCACUCAUGAUGUGGCAUAUUGGGCUCAGAGCUUUUUGCAAGAUCUAGAAAGAGCAUGUAGGGAUCAUGUGAGGAGGAGGUGUUGGGGUAUUGGAUUUGGCUUAGGGUUCCGUGUGAUUGCUUUGGAUCCUAGCUUCCGGAAACUGUCAGUUGAGCAUAUUGUAUCUGCUUACAAAAGGACAAAGAACCGUGCAAUCCUUUUGGAUUAUGAUGGUACAAUGACAGUGAGAAACUCUAUUAGCAAGGGCCCAAAUGCAGAGGUCGUUAGUAUCUUAAACAACUUGUGCAGGGAUCCAAAGAAUAUCGUUUUCAUUGUUAGUGGAAAAGACACAAAGACUUUAACUCAGUGGUUUUCUUCGUGCGAAACACUAGGACUUGCAGCAGAGCAUGGCUAUUUUGUGAGGCCAAAUCAUGAUGCCGAAUGGGAAACUUGUGUUGCAGCGGUAGAUUUUUAUUGGAAGCAGAUUGCUGAGCCCGUAAUGAGUCUCUACACAGAAACCACUGAUGGCUCUUUCAUAGAUUCCAAGGAAAGCACGCUUGUUUGGAAUUACCGAUACGCUGAUCCAGAUUUUGGCUCAUGUCAGGCAAAAGAGCUACUAGAUCACUUGGAAAGCGUUCUUGCAAAUGAACCGGUUACUGUCAAGAGUGGCCAGUACAUUGUAGAAGUUAAGCCUCAGGGUGUCAACAAAGGUCUUGUAGCAGAACGUCUCCUAGAAACAAUGAAGCAGAAAGGAACGGUUUCAGAAUUUGUGCUCUGCAUAGGGGAUGAUCGAUCAGAUGAGGAUAUGUUUGAGGUGAUAAUGAGUGCUGUAGCAAGUGCGUCACUUUCACCAGUGGCUGAAGUGUUUGCUUGCACGGUUGGCCAGAAACCUAGUAAGGCCAAGUACUAUUUGGAGGACACUACUGAGAUUCUAAGAAUGUUGCAGGGACUGGCUGCUGCUUCUGAGCAUUCUGCUAAAAAUGUUUCUCCAUCUUCUCAACACGUAAUCAUUGACCGAGAAUAAGCAAAUGCAUAUCUGAAAAAAGGAAAAAGAAAACAAGAAAAUUAAAGUAGGGUUUCUUGGACAUGAACAGUUGCUAUAAGUGUAGUUAAUUUUUCUCUGGGAUCUUGUUAGGUGUCUCCUAGAAAUGUGAUUUUCUUUGGCUUUCCAUUUGUUUUAAGGUAUGCUUAUUGGAAAUUAAACAUAAAUGUAAAAUAGCUAUUCAUUAACUGCUAUUCACCUUGUUGAUCAUAUCGAA